GCCUGCCAUCCAUUCGCAACUAAGGUUUUGGGUUCGUAAUUCAUCCAACACAUCAAAAACAAAAAAAAGAAACGCAUGUCACGUAUCACACAACAAUCAUUCCAAUUUCCCCCCUCCAUGCCACAGGGCCCGUGACACAUGGCAUUGAAACAAUAGGCUACCUCAUUCCAUCAUCGGACGUAUUUUACACCAUGGUUGCCAAGGUUGAGGUCCGUUGGUCACGCAAAAGGCUGAAGGCGCUCCUCUUUUGUUCGUCAUGCCAUGCGAUUCUUCUUCUGGGUUCCAGAACCAAUAGUGGAUGGGUCUCGGGGUUUUCUUCCAAUUCGUUCUCAUCUACCACGCCGAGGGUAAACCGGCUGCUUGCGACAACCGCCGAUGUGGGAAAAGUACCGGCGUCAUUAUUGGAUGACCUAGAAAGUUGCACCGUCAAGGAACUGAAGCAAAUUCUUAAGGAGAACAAACUCGACCAAGAACGAGGAACAUUGACGAAACUGAAACGAAAGAAGGACCUGGUGGAUUACCUAAGGAUGAAUUUGGUCGCUGUGGAGGAAGAACACAAAGAGAGCUAUGAUGGUGAAAACGAUGAUGGCGACGACGAUAGUGAUUCGAGUUCUGCUGCGCCCCCCGUUGGAAUAGAAUUAUCCGAGGGUGACUUUUCUAUCGUUGACGACGACGAGACGGGGGCUGCCGCAUCGCCACCGCCCCAGAGCAAACCCAAAACACCGCGUGCUGCGUCGUCCGAUCUGAUGCCGGACGUUUCCUCCAAGAUCCCGGCCGUCGUUCGGGAAAAGAUGGCAAGCCGGGGGAUUCACUCGCUCCUUCCCAUCCAGCAGGCUUCCUUCGAAAAAAUAUUCGAGGGAGAGGACGCAGUCCUGCAUUCUCCUACCGGGAGCGGAAAGACACUGGCCUUUGUGCUCCCGCUGUUGUCGGCGGCAAAGCGAAGGCCCUGGCAACGCAAAAAGGUAGCUUCUCCCCGCAUUAUUACGAUUUGUCCCUCCAGAGAACUUGCCAAACAGGUCGGAAAGGAAUACUCCAAGCUGGCUGGAAAGGCAUUUGGAGUAGCCACCGUGUUUGGAGGCGUCCCAAUCGAGCGACACGUAUCGCUUCUGAAGUAUAAGCCCCAGAUCGUGGUAACGACGCCGGGCCGAUUGCGGGAAUUAGUGAGGGAGGGCCACAUGGAUUACUCGCAGGUAUCGACGUUGGUUUUGGACGAAGCCGAUUUACUUUUGGAUCCACAGGAUUCUCCAGACGUAUUUUCGGCCAUUGAAGACAUUGAAAAAGCACUGGAAGAAAGCGACGACGAAGACCCGGAAUAUCAAAUGGUUCUCGUUUCGGCAACGAUCGGCAAGAAUGUGAAGGAUUUUGCCGCAGAAAUGGAAUUUCCCGAGUCUUCCUUCGUCAAUAUCGAAGGCAUCCAGGACAGCAAAAAGCUCGUGGACCCGAGCAGCGGUGGCGCAGCAGAUAGCGCAGAACACCAGAUCUCUGCCGCAUCGUCCUCGAAUGCUGCCACGGUCGGACACUGGCACAUGUCGUGCAAGUCUGCGAUGCGCCCCGAGAUCACCGCCAACCUUAUAUCGGUUCUUUCGCCACGAUUGACCAUCGUUUUUGUCCCCACCAAAUCCGCGACCGAAAGCGUCGCCGCAUUCCUCUCCGAAAAGGCCGCCGGGACGACCAUUCGCAUUCUUCACGGAGACAUGUCCCAGAGCGCUCGCUCGAGAUGCAUUGGUAUGAUCCGAGAGGACGCAAUUCGAAAAGAGCAGCAGCAGUCGCCACAAAGCGAAGCGGGCCAGAUCCUGGUUGCCACCGAUGUUGCAUCCCGGGGCCUGGAUCUCCCCAACGUGGACCUGGUGGUACAAUUUGGCCUUCCUAGGAUUGCCGGAAAGGACGGCACGAUCAACCCCGAGCUUUAUGCCCAUCGAACGGGGCGGACGGGGCGCUUUCGCGGAGGAUCGAACGAUCGCAACUGGGGGCCCGCAGCGAACCGGUAUGAGACAGCAAACGCGGUUGCCCUCUACGAUCCGGCUGUGGGAGAGGGAAAGCUAGUAACGGAAUUGGUCGAAGCGAUUGAAGACGAUCUGGGAGUUACUAUUCAGUCGAUGUCAAUUCCUUCCUCCGCAAAAGUCGUCGAUGCGGCCUACCAGCGUUUGUCGCUGGAUGUACUCAACAACGACAGUGAUCAGGACACACCAUCAUUGUCGUCAUCCAACAACAAAAGUCGUUCGACCGAUUUGGCAGCGUAUUUCAAGCAGCAACUGAAAUCCGACAAGCGGGUCGACAGUUCCGAUCCAGAAGAGCUUCUCGGUCAUCUUGCAAAUGCCAUGGUGAGAUUGUCGAAAUUGGAUCCAUCCUUAUCUCCCUACACACAAUCCUCCUCCUUGCUGACUGGAGACCCGACCAUGACCACACUUCGGCUGUAUCCUCGUUCAAUUGGUGGUAGUUCCCUGACACCUCCAGUUGUCACGAGCUUUUGCAAGCAGCGUGGAUCGGGUAAGCUCGGCAGGGUCGUCAUCUCCAAAAAGGACGGCUCCGCGAUUUUCGACUUGCCGGAGAAACGAGCAAACAAACUCAUGGAGAUAAUAAAGGCUGAAGAGGAGGAAAGGAAAGACGACGAUGGAUUAGAGUACGGUCUGGAAAUUCCUAUUUCGCUUCCAGAACUGUAGCUAGCUCUCUCAAGUACAAUAGUGAAAGCCGUACUACAAUAUAUAACUUUCAAAGGG